UGCUCGGUGCGGCGGACGUGGGAGUCGAGCGCGCGCUGGUAGACGAUGAGUGGGUGCGCGGCCGACGGGGGCGACGGCGAGGACGCCAUGAUCGUGGCCGGAAUCAGCUCCGAUCGCUUGUCUUGAGCACUGAUGGCGCCUGUCCGAAUCAGUAUCUCGAACCGGCGGGCGUUUAUUUGGGAUGUCGACGAUAUAGCGACCGUACGCUCACGCCACCGUAUAUGCGGUCUACUCACCGGCACCCUUCCCCGUCUUGCCCAACAAAAUGCAUUCCUCGGUGUCCCCCUCGUCCUCAUGUCCCAAGAAGUGACUUUACUCGUUGAGAAGGGCUUCGCCGUACUCGUCGACGACGCCCUCGCACACCGAUCCCCCUCCCCCGAAGAGGCAGCACGCUGGGCAGACGCGCAAACUGCAGACAUCGAAUCUCAGCUCGCAGCCGCCGAAGAGCUCUCGCGCAACCGUCAGACUAACGUCGCAGACAAAUCCAUGUCCGAAGAGGCCAUUCGCAAACGCAAGGAACGCGAGGCGAAGCGCGCAGCGAAGGCACAGCAGUCCGAGGAUGCCGCGGUCUUCGUCCCUCCACCAGAAGAGGCGCCGGCGCCAUCGGCACAACCCUCACAGGCGUCUAUAUUCACAAUUUCUCUGCCGGCCUCGUCGUCGGGGCUGCUCUGGUAUGAGCCGGAGAACAAGACAUACACGACGCUUGAGGCCGCACGAGAAGCGGAUUUGUGGACGUACCCAGAGACAUUGCAAGACCGUGCGCAGUACGGCGUCUUCCGCGAUUUAUGGGAACAGAGCUAUUUCAUGGGCAUUGGUAUCCGCUUCGGUGCGGAUUACCUCGUCUAUCCAGGCGACCCUCUCCGAUAUCACUCGCAUUUCGCUGCGACCGUCAUUGAGUCGCCGGACGCGCCAAUGCGUCCGAUGGAGAUUGUGGCACAUGGACGACUGGGUACGGCGACGAAGAAGGCGCAUCUUCUAUGCAGCUGGGACGACGACAAGCGGACAGUCUCGUAUUUGUCUAUCGAGUGGGCUGGCUUCGGUUAGGGCAGGUAUUGCCUCCUCUGUGAGAAGUUGCCAAACGGUAACUGAGAGCUCUGCUUACUCCGUGAUUCUCAUGCCUCUGUAAUCUUGUUCUUGAUUCAUGAGAAUUCAGAGCGAAUCAGGGCGAUAUGUGAAUCGCGAAUCAGCCUUGUGUUGUUCGCACUGCCACGCUAAUUUCGCGCAAACCCUCGACGGCCCAUUCACCUCUUUCAGGCGUCCGUAACAUCC